AUGCUUCUCGGCGUAUUGGGUGCGCUUCUCUGUCUCUCGGCGGGAGUGUAUGGGGCUAGUCUCCGUGUGCUGGACGUUACGACGCUUGGAGUCGACCCCAACACGACCAAUCACCUCAACGGCGAGUCGUUCCAGCAAGACGCGCUGGUGACCUUCAAUGGCUACCAAUACGCUGCAUUCUACGUGUCGGACGCAUCCAAUGCCUCCGUGAGACACCCCAGCCUCGCUCGUCGAGCCCUCACAGGGAGCAACAUAACCUGGGAGACCUUCUCGUUCCUGGACUACAACCAGACCGACGAUGAUGGACAUAAUAUCAUUUCGCUAGGGAUCUCCCAUGGAGACGGAACCUUGCACCUUGGCUGGGAUCAGCAUGACAACGACCUGACCUACCGUAUUUCGCGGACUGGAGUUGCAACCGCCCCUACGGAGGUCGACUGGUCUGCAGACCUGUUCGGCCCAGUCCUGGACCAACUGCCGGGUACCGAGUCCCUCGACAAGUCCGUGUACUUCAUCAACGUCACAUAUCCCCGGUUCCUUUCCCUGCCAUCUACAAAAGUCCAAGCCGGCGGUGCAGACCUCUUGUUCGAGCUGCGUGUUGGCCGUUCUGGACUCGGAGAUGAUUGGCUGUACAAGUAUACCCCUAAUCAGGGAUGGAGUCUUAUCGGCAGAUACCUGGAGGGCGUUAAUAACAAUGCCUACAUCAACGGACUCGAUUUCGAUCCCACCGGCGUCCUGAUCGCCACAUGGACCUAUCGCGACUACGUCAACGAUGUAGGUCAAAAUGUCGCAGUGGAGGCGGGCCCCAACGGUCCUGAGAACAACCACGAUCUCAAUUUCGCGUUCAGCCCGGAUCUCGGCGAAACUUGGCAGAACAACUGGAACCAGACCAUUGCGAACCUUACUGCCGAACAGCCUAUCCUGCCCGUCUCAGCUGGCAUUGUUAUAUUUGGCAUCCCGAAGUACGGAGGCAUCCUGAACCAGGAGGCUCAGACCGUCGACAGUCAAGGUCGCGUUCACGUUCUGAACCGUGAGAACACAACGGGUACCGAGCAAUGGUAUCAUUACUGGCGCAGCACGACCCAGCACUGGACACGGACCGCGCUCCCGCCCCCGUCCGAGCUGCAGACGAUCAACAACAUCACCGGUACGCCCACCGUCAUCGGCAAGCGCGGCAAGAUCGUCGCCCCGCCUCAGUCUUCGUCUCACUCGCUCCUGCUCAUCCUGCCGGACAACGCGGCGAACUCGACCGGGUUGAGCAUCCUCCGCAGCACCGCCGCGGGGCACUUCCGCGACUGGGAGGUCGUGUGGGAGGCUGCGAGCGGGAAUGCGUGGGAGCCGCUGUUUGACCGGUAUAGGUUGGAGGAGGACGGGGUGUUGAGCUUGUUCGUGGUGAACGGGACCGCGAUCCAAGUCGUGGACUUUGAUUUGAGCGGCGUUUGA